AUGUCUCGCAACGCUCUCGUUACUGGUGCUGCUCGAGGAAUUGGACGUGCUAUUGCCCUCCGCCUUGCUAGAGAUGGUCUCAAUGUUGCUGUGAAUGAUAUCCAAGCAAGUUCUUCAAGUCUCAACAAGGUUCAACAAGAAAUCGAAAAAAUCGGUCGAAAAUCCGUCGCUAUCACUGCUGAUGUUUCUGUUGAUAAAGCAGUUGAAACAAUGAUGCAAAAAGCUGCAAAAGAACUGGGCAGUUUAGAUGUCGUAGUCGCUAAUGCAGGAAUUGCUCAAGUGAAAUCGAUUCUUGAUAUUACUACAGAAGACUGGGACAGGAUGUUUGCAACCAAUGUGCGAGGUGUAUUUCUUUGCUACAAAGAGGCUGCAAAAGUUAUGAUUGCGCAAGGUAGAGGAGGCAAAAUCAUCGGUGCUUGCAGUCAGGCCGGACACAAAUCAGCUCCAAUGCUAAGCCAUUAUUGUGCCAGUAAAUGGGCUGUUCGUGGUCUUACACAAGCCGCUGCUAUGGAAUGGGCCAAACACAAGAUUACAGUGAAUGCUUACUGUCCAGGAAUUGUCGAAACUGCAAUGUGGGAUAUGAUUGAUGAAGAAUUGGCAAAAGUCGAAGGAAAGCAAAAGGGAGAUAUCACUAAACAUUACUUAAACAUGAUAACUCUCGGUCGUACAAGUGUGCCGGAAGAUAUCGCAAACUUUGUGUCAUACUUGGCUAGCAAAGAUUCUGACUAUAUGACUGGACAAAGUGUUCUCAUUGAUGGAGGCAUCAGAUUUUCUUAA